GCGGAGGCGUCGUUCUCUUGCUGCUUGCUCAACAGACCCUCCCCGCUUACGUCGCCGUCCUGGACUCUGCCGCGGCUGCUCGUGCUGGUGUCGGUGCUGCUGCUUCGCUCGAGGCGCGCGCGUCUCCCGGUGCAGGUAAAGGCAGCUCCGGGAGGCAGCCGCGGCCGGUCCAGAAAAGCCUGACGUGGUCCCAGCCUCCCGGGGUCCCGUAUUUGCAGUGGUGUGCUGUGUCUGGCAGCCAUAGAGAUUGCAGCCUCCAAGAACCAGAGUGUCACUGGAGGAUAUUCAUCUGUCUUUUCCAGACGGAUGGACUGGGGAAUUUUAUGCUCCAUUUUUAUUGGCAGAUAAGGACCCCCAGACAAGAUCCCGCCCCCCCCCAGAAGCAAAGAUGAUUAAUCUGGGAACAGAAUUAUAAUGCUGCAAACAGACUUCUCUAGCACUUGGAGAGUGAAAUUGGCACCAGUUUUGUCUAAAUAAAAAAUGGCUGCUCUUAGUGGUUGGGGUAAAAGGGUCUAUAAAACUGGCUGGCUGCCCACCCUACAGCUUAUCCGCCAUGGCGCCAAAUCUGUCACACCCCAUUGGAAACCAAUGCACAUUGUGAAGGAAAAGCUCAUGGCAGUGACUGAAUAUAUCCCACCAAAACCUCUGACUUCAGAGACCUGUAUGAAGCCCCCUGUCAUUCUUCCUAAGGAAGAGACUAACUAUGAAAGACUCUUAUUGCACCAAGUGAAACAAAUAUUUCUUGAGAGUAAAAUGAUUGUUGUGUGCCAAUACAAUUAUAUUCCUGGAAAUGAUAUGGUAACAUUGAGGCAUUGGCUGCGAAAGUAUAAUGUCCAUGUCAGAUUUUUCCCCAAUAAGAUCAUGAAUCCCUUUCUUUUGGAAUCUAAGUACAAGAAUCUCCUUCCUCUCUUUGUGGAACGCAACCUUCUACUUGUCAGUAUGGAAACAAGGGCCCAGGAAACACUACAAAUCCUGAAGCGUGUGCCACAGAUUAACAUGCUAGGAGCUUGCAUUGACAAUGUGAUCCUAAGCAAACAAGGCUUUGUAAAUUUUGCUAAGCUGCCAUCCAUAGUAACUGCCCAGGGGGAAACUGCAGGUUUGUUCUUGGUCAUGACAUCCCAUAGUGGCAGACUUCUACAGCGUGGCUCUGUUCAUCUCUGUUCUUUGCUGGACCACUAUGUUCAAUAGGAAAAUGAAAAGGUUGAAGAAAAACCAAAUGGGAACAUUAACUAAACUGGAAGCAGUUUAAUUCUUCGAUGUAAAAAUUGCCAUGUUUACUUUGUUGCAUGCCCUUUGGUUGGUGGAAGGGGUUAGUGUGUUUGAUAAAGUUCUGGGUAUUAAACUAUAUGCAAAUAGUUUAAUUGAUACCCAGAAAUAUACUGUCAGAGUUUAGUUAUCUGGAUGGGGAUUAUAAUUAUCAGGAUCAACUAAGCUCUGCAUUGCAGGUAGAAUUAGAAAUCAGAGUUAUAAAAAAGAAAAAGGUUAAAGUAAUAUGCUGGAUGAGGCAAUCUUUUUGGCAUGAGCAUUUUGAAUAUGUAAAAAACACAGAAGAUAAUCUUGUUUGGACAGAAAUUACUCGGGAUAAAUAUAGACAUUGUAUGUAUGAUGAGAAAAAAAAGUUACCUGAUGAACCACCUCGUCUCUCUGGACAAACCAGUCUUACUCAUGCUGGCAGGGAGGGCUUACUUUGGAUCCCAUUGAUCAAAAAACACAGAUUGUCGGGAUCCAGAAAAACAGCCUUCUCUGCUUCAGGGCCCGUCCUUUGGAACCAGAGCCUAGAGUAGCGGUAUGGCCAGAUAGGCAGCAAAAUAAUUUAACAAAUAAUAUAUAAUGUCAGCUUGUUUUUGUUAAAAGUUUGUGCAAUCCAUUUUGCCAUUAAAAACUAGGGAAAACCAUAACUUAAAUUUUGUUAAAACUGGAAUGCUAAUAUUCCUAAUGGAUGAUAAAAAAUUUUUUUUAGGAAAUCAUUGGUACAAUAUUAUGUUUAGUCUGUCCCUGAGGGUAAAAUCUUCCAUUCUUCCACAUAUCUCAGAUGUAUUUUGGGAGGAAUACAAUAUCAGUACCUUUCUCUAUACUAUAUAAAAACAUAUAUUUCAUAAAUGUAUCUUGUCUCAUUCAUGCUGUCAGUGUUUUAGUAUAGAAGUUUCUUGUUAAUAAAUGAAGUAACAUAAACACAGCAUUAGUAGGACUGGCUCAUUUGAUUGUGUGUGAAGCAUUAUUUGAGACACUAGAUUUUAUUUAUUUAUUUAUUUGCCAGGUGGAUUUGAUAUUUGAAAUUUCUCUAAUGAAAGUUAUAUGUAAAUAAUCUUUAGAACAUUAUUUAUUAUGUUUAUUGGCCUGCCCAUCUCGUAACAAUAUGACUCUGGGUAGCUUAUAGCAUAAAACAUUAAAAUCCUAACAUAAUAAAAAAUUAAAAUCCUAAAAUAUUAAAAAUAGAAAGCCCAAUCCAGA